AUGCAAGGCGAGACGCCGGCGCAAACCGUCAGCUCACUAGGUCAAGCGCUGCGAACCGUCGGUGGCCUGACCAAGCCAAGUGGCAGGGGGCUGUUUAUGUUCCAUUGUCUGCUGGCGGGGAGCUCGUCCGCUGCGAUUAUCGGCAUGCUUGGGGCUACGGUCAUGGGCUAUGCCUUUACGGCGGGCGCUGUGGGAUUUCUUGGCGGCUCCUGUGUAGGCUUUGUUUUGGGAAGCAUCGGCUACUACCGUACUUGUGCGCGGCAAAGCUUGAUUGCCUUCCUCAGGUACCCCGAUUUACUCCGGCACCAUAUCGCCAUUGACUUCGGCAUGCAUGGAGUGGACAAAGCCUCACUGUUUUGGGGCACCGACGUGCAAAGGACUAUGUCGGAAAUUCAGAGUGACUUUUCCCUGCAAGGGAUGUUGGUUGCUGCUUGGCAUUCGGCGGUGCCGGCCAUCGAGGUUGGUUUCGAAUCGAGUUUCGGUGAGAUUCAAAAUAUGGAAGAGGCCCGUCUGGUGGCCAAUAGUGCCUAGGUUAUGAUAUACCAGGAGGCAGUAUGAUGCAGAGCCAUUUACACUAUCGGUGCGACCAAAGAAUGGAUUUUAAGAUUGUUCGAGAUACCUACUAGUUAGGUUUAGCAACAACAAUUUACUAACGCAGUCUGUGUGGUACAUAUGCAGUGGAUAAUUGACUUUAUGAAUCUUGAUUACAGAUUCUUUUUGUG